AUCAAGAGCCUCAACUUCUCCACGUGUCAAAUUGCGGGGGACCACAGGUGCACAGCCCGAGCCGAACAAUGGACGCUCAUCAGCAUGGACCAGAGCCUGAAACUCCGGAGGCAAAAGUCCAGAGGGAACAGUUGGAGAAUCUGGGACAGGGGGUUCCUGUCGUGUCACCUUUUUUGGCAGCCCCGGGAAAAGAUGGGACCAAUCCGGAGGCGUGUGAGGAGGAGGAGAGGACGGAGUUGAAUGAUGUCGCCCAGGCUCUUCUUGCAAAGGUGACCUGGGACAAGCCAGGGGGCGUGGCCGGGUUUGGUGAGGGCCGAAGCAGAGGCUGUGGGACCCGUGUUUGUUCUUUGUCCUGGAGGUCGAUCAGCAGGGCUUCCAAGGAUCUGGUGGACUCCUGUGCCUCACGUCUUGGAGGAGCGCUCGGAGGGGGCGUUGUGGGGCGUGCAGGAGGAGGCUGGCUGGACGGGUCCUCCUGGAUGGUGUCGUCCGCGGGCCUGCUGCACCGGUUGAUGUGUCGUGUCACUCUCUGCUCUUUGGGUGGCUCAGCAACUGGAGGAGCGGGUGACAGGCGGGGGAAGCUGAUGGGGGUCACCUGUGUUGGAGGGCCCGCCUCCCGUUGCGCCACAAGAGACCAGUCUGGGCAGAUGGCGUCGGUGCUGGUGGCCACCGAGACCCGGGUGAAAACCUGUGCAGGAGGAUCUCCUGAUGGUACCACAUGAGGGGCCCGGUCUCGGCCGACGGGGUCCGUGUUGGUGCCCGCCGAUACCAAAACAGUGGUCUGCCGUGGUGGUGGCGGCGGAGGUCGGGCAGGGAGCCCCACCUCAUGGAGGUCCGCGAAGGCCGAGAGGAUCUGUGCCUCGGCCAACCGGAGAGUGUCCCCCAGAAGUCUGCGCCCCAGAUGUUUCCUGGCCCAUGUAGAGGCCGUCUGGAAGGCGGUUCUCCAUUCUUGACCAAUAAAAUUUUUUAUUUUGGCCA